AGAGAAAAAAAUUUCAAAGAAGAAGAAGAAACUAUGUCAAAGACUAACAUCAUAAUCGUCGCAGCACUUAUACUUAGCUUCAUGGUUAUUACUUCGUCGGCUCGUCCAGACUCCAGUCUCCAGAGCAAAUCUACGGAGAAGGAUAAUAAGUGUGAAACAGAUGAAUGUUUGAUGAAAUCGACUUCGGAUGCUAAUAUCGAUUACAUCUAUACACAGAGGCAUCCUCCUAAAGCGCAUGCACUGAAAGAGGAGAUGGAGAAGAAGUGUGAAACAGAGGAAUGCUUGAUGAAAACGACGUCGGACGCACACAUUGAUUACAUCUACACUCAGCCAUCUCCCCCUAAUACACUUGAAGCCAAUCCUUAA